AUGGCCUUUACAGAUAUUUUGAAAAAAAAAAAAGAUGCAGAAACUGGCACCACAGUUCAAUGGGCAAGUUUCCAAGUUACAAGAUUGCAAGCAUUUGUUAUGAUAGGAUAUCCUCAAAUAGUUAAAGCUGAUCGAUCUGAUGAACUUAUUACAACAUAUCAAAAAACGCAUUUAUAUGAGACUGAUGAGAAUUGGGCUGAGGAAGGCCCAGGAUUCAAAUCAAUACACAUACCUAUAUUAGGAAAGCUAUUAUUGAAGGUGGGCUUAGCAAUUUGCAUGGACCUGAGCCCUUAUAGAUUCCAGGCUUCCUCGUCUGAAUUUGAAUUAGCUCAUCUUCAUCUACAAGAAAAAAAUAUUGGUGUUAAUGGUGAGGCUUUACAACAAAAUGAUGGUGCUAAUAAUACUAGAGAAUCUGAAAAUGAUAAAGUUGAAAAAGUUUCUCAAAAAAAAUUAAAAGAAUUCAAUUGGAAUGUCGAAGUAGCCGUAGACGAUUAUUUUAAUAAUCAACCUAGCACCACCUCUUGGAGAGGCUUAUCAACAUCUCAAAGUUCAAGUCCUGGAAUAGAUUUAAGAAAACUUGAAGAUGUAUUUAACAAGUACAUAGAUAGGGAUGAAGGCAAUGAUAGGGAUAGAAAAGGAGUAAUUUCAGUGGAUGGAGUAAUAAAAUAUUGUAAUGAUUUGGGAGUUGACCCUGAAGAUGUUGUUAUGUUGGUCAUGGCUUGGCAUCUUAAAGCAGAAAAAAUCGGUGAAUUUAAAUAUGAAGGAUUUAUUGAGGGUUGGUCAAAACUAAGAUGUGAUACACUUUUAAAGAUGCGAGCAGCCAUACCUAGUCUUAGACAAACCCUGAAUGAUGAUAGUAAAUUUAAAGAAAUUUAUCAAUUUACUUUUAAAUUUGGAUUAGGAGAAAAUCAAAAAUCUUUGAGCCUUGAUGUAGCAACUGAAUUCUGGAAAUUAUUAUUGAGAGAUCAUUGGCCACUUCUUGAUAUCUGGAUAGAAUUUGUCAAGGAAAAACAUGGUAAAGCAAUCUCAAAAGACACUUGGAAUUUGCUGCUGGAAUUUGUCAGACAAAUCAAUGAGGAUUUAAAUAAUUAUGAUACAGAGGGAGCUUGGCCAGUUCUCAUUGAUGAGUUUGUAGAAUAUGCCAGAGAGAAAUUGAAGAUAUCAGCUCCUCCAGUUCUUUAA